AUGGCCGACGACGUGAGUGUAGCUGAGCAGCUGCUGCUGAGAAGGUAUCUUCAAGAGAAACUCCGCGAGCACCACGCGUCCAAGCCAGAACUUGAACUCGGGUGGGCUGGCAACAACCUCAGCUGCCCAGCCAACGGGUCGACUCCCCGUCCUCCCAUCAACUGCUCCAAAGACGCACAGCUGGAAAAACGAUAUCCGAACUCAUCUCCCGUAAUCCGUACACAAUCAAGAUGCAGCACUGUCAGGCCUCACAAGCAACCAAGACUGACUGCAGGAUGGAAGUCACAGUCAACAAGGAAAAGCCACCAUUCUAUACUCACAGAUCAUACAGAAAUCCAUAGACAUACAUGUAGUCCACAGAAGAGUUUGAGAGAGGAAAAGCGAAGAGUGCAAUUAAUGGCAGAGUUAGCGACCAGUGUUGCAGCAGGGGUGAUAUGCUCCCUUCUUGAGAAGCUUGGUUCUCUGGCAGCGGCAGAGUAUGCAAUGUUCACCAGCGACCGCAGAGAGGUGGAACUACUGGUGGAUGAGCUCAGCUCUAUGAAGGCUGUUCUUGAGAAGUUGGCCUACAUAGAGAACCUUGAUCCAUUAACCAAGCAAUGGAGGGACCAGGUCAGGGAGUUGACCUACGAUACUGAGGAUUGUAUAGUAAGCUCCAUGCUCCAGGAUCGGCAAGAUGGAGCUAAGGAUUGGUUCAUUUGGAAGAUUUUUCCAUUUUUCAAAGAUCUCAGAGAGGGCUAUAAUUUAUCCAAGCAGAUCAAUCAAAUCAAGGCCGAUGUAGCAGAGCUAAGCGCUCGACGAGAGCGGCUCAAAAUUGACGAAGUCAUCUCUACAUCUUCCCGUGUGUCCAUUGAUCCUCGACUGCAUGUGCUCUAUAAGGAUACCGCCGGCCUUGUUGGAAUUGAUGGACAGAAGGAUAAGCUCAUGGACAUGCUGAAGGAUGACCAGCACCUAAAGGUAGUGUCAAUUGUGGGAUUUGGAGGUUUAGGCAAGACUACACUUGCCAACUUAGUAUACCAUGCUUUACCUACACAACAACACCAUGAAAACAGAUUUGACUGUCAAGCAUUUGUGUCGGUCUCCCAAAGACCUGAUAUCAAUGGGGUUCUUUGUAGCUUGCUCAGAAUGCUUCGGGUAGAUACAACAUCGUCGGAUAAUAGUAAUGUUCAACUCCUUGUCAGCAUGAUCAACCAACAUCUGCAACAUAAAAGGUACCUUAUUGUAAUUGAUGAUUUGUGGAAUGAAUCGGACUGGUAUACUAUCAGAUGUGCUUUCCCAGAGAACAACUCUGGAAGUAGAUUAAUCGUAACUACACGAAUUGAUAGUGUGGCUUUAGAUUGCUGUUCUAAUCGGCGUGAAGAUGUUUAUCCAAUGAAACCUCUCGAAGAACAAUACUCGAGAAGACUUUUUCUUACAAGAAUAUUUGGCUCUCAAGAUGCUUGUCCUGAAUACUUAAAAGAAGCUUCGACUGAGAUAAUAAGGAAAUGUGGUGGUCUACCCCUAGCAAUCAAUGUUGUAUCAGGUUUUUUGGCUAGUAAGAAGACACCAGAGCGGAAGGAGCAUUGGGAGAGGGUACAGAGUUCUUUGGGCACCAUCGACAGAGAGUUCGAACCAAUGAAACAGAUGUCACAAAUCUUAAACCUGAGCUACAUGCAUCUUCCUCAUCAUUUGAGGGCAUGCUUCCUUCAUCUUGGUAUAUAUCCAGAGGACCGGAAGAUCAUGACAGAUGAUUUGGUGAAGCAAUGGGUUGCUGAAGAUUUUGUGCCUUGCUGCCCACAUAGGCGAGAUCGAGAGGAUGUUGCAAGGGGCUAUUUCAAUGAGCUUGUCAACAGGAGCAUCCUCCAACCUGUAGAUAUAGACUACAAGGAUGAGGUUCUGUCAUGUCGAUUACAUGACCUGAUGCUUGAGUUCAUCUUGGACAAAUCCGCGGAUGAGAAUUUCAUUACUGUAGUGGAUAAAUUUGGAGUCCGGAGUGGAGGCACCAGUAAGAUCCGUCGGCUCUCUUUGCAAUCUGACCAAGAGAAUCGUGUCCCGGUACCAGAAGCAAUUAUUCUGACACAAGUUCGGUCGCUUGCAACAUUUGGUGCUUGUGUUGGCGGAGUGUGCUCAAGGCUAAAGUUUAUUCGAGUCCUAGUGGUUGAAGGACCUAAUAUGACUGUGGACGACAUGGCUGGAGUUUGCCUGCUGCUCCAGCUGAGAUACCUGAAGAUUAUUUCUUAUGCGGAUUAUGGGGAUGAUGCAGUACUACUACCUCCUGAAAUUCUGAAUCUACGGUUUCUGGAAACGCUGGAUAUAGCAGAUGUGGGUGAUGCUACCCUUCCAGAAGAAAUAGCUCACUUGUCCAGCUUGCGGCAUCUGCUUCUCCCAUCAGGGAUAGUCUUGCCUGAUGACAUAGGCCGUAUGAAGUCCCUGCGUACCAUACGCAAGUUUGAUAUGUCCCAGAAUUCCGUAGCCUGUAUAAACGGCCUCGGGGAGCUGACCAAUCUCAGAGAUCUUCAACUCAGUUUCUAUAAUCCUUGUUAUGAGGGCGACAAGAAUGUAGCUCUAUGCUCUGCUCUCCAAGAGCUUGCUGGUGAAAACCUUAAACAUCUAGCUAUCGUUUCGGAAGAUGUGUACGGCAACCAAUCUCUACCAAUGUAUAAUCAGCUGAAGCGUCUGCAUUCCUUACCAGGAAAUCUAGAGACACUACAUCUAGAAGAUCGCAUGCCUACUAUUCCAAACUGGAUUGGUCAACUCGGUAAUCUGUACGACAUAAAUCUUUAUGGAAUCGAGAGGUUGAACCCGCAAGGUAUUGAUAUCCUCGCAAAGUUGCCAGCCCUUCUCUACCUCAAGAUGUACAUCCCGAUACGCAUCGCUGAAACAAUCGUCAUCCGUUGUGGGAGUGGGAGUGGGGCAGCUUUCCCAGCACUCAAGUAUUUCAACCUCAUUUGUUCGCCGCCAUGGGUGGACUUUGAGCAAGGGUCAAUGCCCAAGCUCCAGACACUCGAUAUAGCAUUUAUGGCGGACAGAUGGGAGGAAUGUGGAAGAGCGCCUGCAGGCAUCCACAACCUGGGUGCGUUGCAGGUACUCUCGGUACGACUGAGGUACGGUGGUGAGGAGUCUGACAAGGAAGCUGCUAAAUCUGUGCUGCGUGCUGCAAUCGACGGCCAUCCACGUGACCCUCGUGUCAUCAUCCAAGGAACAGGAUUUUCCUAUCAUAUUUAUACGGAGGAGGAAUAUAAUGUGGAAGUCAAUUUGGACGAUGAUAUGGACAUCUCCGACUGAGCAAAAAAAUAGCGGUCGGCAAAAUCUUAUGCAACAUUGGCCCGGCAGACGUGUGUAUUUGUUUCCUAUCCUUAAAUCCUAGGUAGCUAAAUAUCUGCAAUGAUACAAAAAAAAAGUUGGAAAAAAAAUAUAAUACAUCUUUUUUGAAAGGUGAAAAGACCAAAAAAAAAAGAAUUCAAAAGGUAAAACACACAACAAAAAAGAAAAGGGUACGUGUGUAUAUGUGCUACUAUUUUCAACAUCAUUUUUGAAAGGUGAAAAUAGCAUCAAAACAAAAACAGGAAAAAGCACCAAGAAAAUUAAAAAAACACUAAACUAUUUCUAAAAUGUGUAGUGUUUUCUUGUUUUUCUAGUUGUGUAAGUAGGAGUAGGUAACUCCGCCUAUGUCAUCUUGAAUGCAUAGCUGGUCCCAAGCCCAGAACAAGGAGGAGGGAGUACUCAUGAUUGUUUUCUAUAGCACCUAGAAGAAUGAGCUGCGCCCCUGGCUAUCCCUAAAGCUUUUGUCAUUUGUUUCUUGUUUGUCUUAACUGAGAAAGUCAUUUUCAUGCCAACUAUUUGUUUGUCCAUGCUAAAUAAGAAUUCUUCCAAAAUA